UUCCUUUACAUUUAAAAAAGACAUUAAAAAAUGAGCACAUCAGAAAGAGCACAAAGUGAUUUCAAGAAACUUAAAUCAAAGUACACUUCACAAUUAUCUACUUUAAGGGAAUUAUUUACAGAAUGGACAGAAGAAGAUCUUUUAUUUACGCUUCAAGAUGCGGAUGGGGAUUUAGAGCUGGCUAUUGACCGUAUUAGUGAAGGUCAUGCUAGCCAAUGGGGUGAGGUAAAGACAAAAAAAUCGAAAAAGGAAGCAGCCGCAGCCAACAAAGCAACUUUAGAAGUCUCGACAUCUUCGACAACUACAAUUUCAUAUCCUCCCGCUGUGACAAGACCUGCGGCUUCUUCUUCUCGAGCCAGUGCAGCAUCAUCCUCAGCAACACCAACAAGUACAAAACGCCCGUCCGCAAACUCACGACAAAAGCCUACACAGACUAGCACAUGGCAAAGUAAAAAAUUAGACGAUAGCUGCUGGAAUUCAAAGGAUAACUGGAAUACAAAUGAUGCCUGGAGUCAAUCAAAGGAUCCUAUUAGUAUUGCUGAAACUCCUAAAAAGAUAUCAACUCCCUCUCCCUCUACCAAAACAAGUAAUGCUGGUGGUGCAAAGACCUGGGCUAGUUUAUUACACACAAAACCAGAGCCUGUGGUAGAGGCUGAACCCGUGAAAGAAGAAGAAAAAACACAAACACAUCAUGAACCAGAGCUUCAAAAAGUAGAUGACGCAUGGUUGUCCUCAGAUUCGAAAUGGGAUCAACCUCUUCAAUUACCGACUUUAUUAGACAAGACAGAAGAUGAAGUGGUAGUGCUGGAAAAAGAACAACCCGUCACUCCUCCUCCUUCCACUGCACCCACUGCUGCUGCACCCGCUGCCGUGGCACCCACUGUUGCUACACCCACCGCUGCCCCCGUUGUUACCCCCGUUGCCUCUGUUGCACCUUCUCAAGUGAUCGAAAAAGAAAUUUCGGUAGAUUUUGGCAGCUUAAGUUUACAAGAAGCCCCAGAAACAACUAGUUCAAGUCAUCCUAGUGUUGCAGACAUUUUGAAUUCUGUGAAACAACAACCCUCUACCUCCAACACAACCGACACCACCUCAUCUACCACUACUCAACCCCCUAUCGACCAACACUUAUAUCAACAACAACAACAUCAUCACCAACAACAACAACAACAACAACAACAACAACUUCAUCAGCAACAACACUUGUACAACCAACAACAACAGUACCAACAGUUUGGUAUCCAAGACUACAAUCCUUCUUUCAAUGCUAAUGAUUAUGGAUCAAGCAAUUAUUAUGGUCAAGAGGACAAGACCGAUCUUGGUAGCCACACCUAUUCUCAACAACCAUUGUAUAACCAAACACCUCAACAACAACAACAACAACAGCAAUCGUUCUAUCCUUAUUAUUAUAUGCCUAAUCAAUUCAACGCUUAUUCUCCCUACGGUCAACAGCCUCAAGCACAAACCAGUGGUGCCAACGCGUUCAUGAACGGUAGAAAUAACAUGUACCCUACCUCUGUCUAUGGUCAACAACAAAAGACCACUGCUUCGUCUCCUUAUUUAAAUAGUUCACCUUACAGUCAAACUCAACAAUUAUAUGGCGGCUUUAACCAAUUUUAUGGCUCGCCUCAAGUGCCUGUCGUAGGCAACGAAUCACCUGAAAAAUCAAUUCCUACUACUGCCGCUGCCGCAGCUGCUGCUAAAUCACCCGCUGCCAGUACCCAAGCUUAUGGAUCUACUAAUUACUUUGGACAAUCUCCCAUGUUUGGUUACCAACAACAGCAACAACAGCAACAACAGUAUCGUACUGGAAAUACAAACCAGUAUUGGAACCAAUAAAAAAAAAAAAUAAACUUUUUUUUUUUUUCUUUUUUUUUGCCCAC